AUGGACUUUCUCAACUUCUUUGGAUCACUGAUGGUUCUUGUGAUUGAGACUCUGAUUAUCAUCAUCACAGUAAAUGUGUAUUUGGUGAAUGAAUUCCAAACUAUUCUUAUCGCUGUCAAUCGAUUUAUUGCUAUGUUUUUGCCAUUGUACUAUCACAAACUAUUCAAUAACAAAAUCACAUUGGCAUUUCUAGUAGCCCUUUAUUUGGAGAGAGGGUACUCAUCUAUUACAAAACUUUGGUCUCUUUUUGAAAACAAUUGUGAAGUAAUUUGGGGUCUCGACCGUUUCUCAAUUAUGUAUUAUGAUGAUAGUUGUUCUGUUAGAUUUCCAACUGGAUUCGACAGUCCUUGGAUUGUAUUCUUACCACUCGGCUUCUUCGCUGUGACAAUUCUUUUAAAUCUUAUGACAUUCGCAAAGAUUCUUAGAUUUUAUUUAACUCACAAUGCGGAUUCGGAAAGUAUGGAUUCAAUCAAAAACAAUAUUCGCUUAUUCUUUCAAACCGUUCUCCAGGAUUCAUUAUUUUUUGUCGACGUCCUGUUUACAUUCAAAUUGAGUUCAAUGAGCACUCAUCGUUUGUGGUAUUUCAUAAGUACAGUCUUCGUUUGGGAGUCGAUUCAUAUGUUGGAUGGAUCUUCAAACAUUCUUCCAAUUUCAAUCGAAACUUUUAUCAUUGCCUUGACAAUCAAUAUCUACAUGGUUAACUCAUACCACUGUGUUCUGAUUGGAGUCAAUCGAUUUAUUGCAAUGUUCAUCCCUUUUUACUAUGCGAAACUAUUUGGAAUGAAAGUUACAAUGGUUAUUUUGACUUUGUUGUAUCUGGAAAGAAUUUAUGCAACCAUAGUGAAACUGCUUCAAGAGUUUGAUAACCGCUGUCGAGUCUAUAUUAGUCUUGAUUCUUUUGGACCACAUUAUGAGGAUUCCACAUGUUCGAAAAGACUGAAAGAUGGAUUCGAUGGCAUUCUGAUAGUGUUGAUUCCAUUAGGGAUAUUUGCAUUCACAGUUAUUUUAAACCUAAUCACAUUUGUGAAAAUAAUGCAAUUCUAUAUGGGGGACUCCUUGUUUUUUGUCGAUGUUCUCUUCACUUUUAAAUUAAGCUCAUUGAGUGAAGACCGUCUUUGGUUUUUCAUCAGUCAGGUGUUUGUAUGGGAGUCGAUUCAUAUGUUAGAUGGAGGUUCCAACUUCUAUCCAGAUAUUGUCGAAACCGUCAUCAUCACUGCAACUAUAAAUGUAUAUCUAGUCAAUCAACUUCAAACAGUUGUGAUAGCGCUCAAUAGAUUCAUUGCUCUUUUUGCUCCUUUUCACUAUAAAACAUUAUGCAGUAAUCAAGUUACAUGGGUUAUUCUGGGAGUUCUUUAUGCACAAAGAGGUUAUGAAACGUUUUCAAAGUUAUAUGACUUGAUAUCUAAAAAUUGCUUGAUACAUUUGGACAGUGAGAGUUUUGGAAAUGCAUUUAACAAUAGAAACUGUUCGAAUAUUGUAUCGGUGGACUCUGAUCUUAUCGUUUUGAUGCCUUUCAUAUUUUUAUCAAUUACCAUUGUGUUGAACUUAAUGACGUUUGCAAAGAUUCUGAAAUUUUAUUUUAGCAACAAUGCAAAUAUGGAGAGUGCUUCGCUGGCUCGGAAAAAUAUCAGACUGUUUUUCCAAACUGUAUUUCAAGACUCUUUGUUUCUGAUUGAUGCGACUUUCACAUUCAAACUGAGCUCUCUGAGUGCCAGCCGGAUAUGGGCAUUCGUCAGCAUGGUGUUUGUUUGGGAGUCAAUUCAUACAUUGGAUGGGUUCAUUAUGUUGAUGUUUUCCGACAGAUUAUCAAUACUGAAGACAAUAUUCAAUAGAAUCAGAUUAUCAUCGAAUCAAGUGUCUUCGUCUUUCGAUAGAGGAGCCACUUCUAGACGAGUUAAUGAUUCUUCAACUCUUCCGGGUGUUGGAUGA